AUGCCAAAAGUGAAGCCUCAGAAGCGCAACAGCGCGCACUCAGAUGCCAUGGCAAAAACCAAAGCUGCCCACAGCAUCUUCAAGAUGAACACAGACAUCGGCCAGCACGUCUUGAAAAACCCCGGUAUCGCCGAGCAAAUUGUCCUCAAGGCCGACCUCAAGCAGAGUGAUGUGGUUCUCGAAAUUGGUCCCGGUACUGGAAACUUGACAGCGAAGAUUCUGGAGAAGGCCAAGAAAACUAUAGCGGUGGAAUUGGAUCCUCGAAUGGCUGCUGAAGUCACCAAGCGUUUCCAAGGCACUCCAGCCCAAAAGCGCCUGGAAGUUAUCCUCGGGGAUGUUAUGAAGACCGAGCUUCCAUACUUCGAUGUUUGCAUUAGCAACACGCCCUAUCAAAUCUCCUCACCUCUCACUUUCAAGCUCCUGGCUACUCUGCCCGCACCUAGGACUUGUAUUCUCAUGUUCCAGCGUGAAUUCGCUUUGCGUUUAUUCGCCAAACCAGGUGAUAAGCUAUACAGUCGUUUGUCCGUCAACGCCCAGAUGUGGGCGAAGAUUGAUCACAUCAUGAAGGUCGGCAAGAACAACUUCAAGCCCCCGCCCCUGGUCGAGUCGAGCGUUAUCCGUAUGGUCCCGAAGGUCCCGAGGCCGCAAAUCAAUUAUGAGGAGUGGGAUGGUCUUUUGCGCAUUGCGUUCGUGCGUAAGAACAAGACCCUGCGCGCCAGCUUCAUCGGAACUCCCACCAUCAUGAACAUUCUCGAAUCGAACUACCGCACUUGGUGUGCCCAAAACGAUAUUCCCGUUGAGGACGGCCCGAUCGGAGAUGCCGAUGGCGAUGCGAUGGAUAUGGGUCAGGAAGAAGCUGCCGAGGAGGUCGCUGAUGAGCUCAUGGAUAUGGAUGAUGAUGACGUCCCCGAUUUCUUCAAGGAAGAGACGAAUAGCCAUCUUCAGCAGGCACUCUUGAGUAAGCCCUCGCGCAAGAAGCGCGGAAAGGUGGCAGAGUUGGUGCGAGAGAAAGUGCGCUCGGUUCUCGAGGAUGAGACUGGCCUUGCCGAUAGACGUGCGAGGAUGUGCGACGAGAACGAUUUCUUGAAGUUGCUCUGGGCUUUCAACCAAAAGGGAAUCCAUUUCAGCUGA